CGUCCAGGUCAAAUAUCACGUCUGUCUGUCUUAAAUGAGGGUAAUUUCGUCACUUCACAGAGGUUUCUUCUUCUAUCCAUCCAGUCUUCUUCCUUGCUUGGAACUUUCUUCGUCUUCGAUUCCUUGCUUUCCCCGCCGAUCUCGCUUUGUGUGACCUUUUUUAUUUAGUAGUGACUCUUAGAGAUUUCAGAAGAAAAAAAAAGCUCAACACCACACUGGUUCACAAAAUCAUGGCGGAGAAUGGUGAAGAGAAGUUACUUGCUGUAGCCCGUCACAUAGCCAAAACACUUGGCCAUAACGAAUCCAUGGCCGAUGAUAUCUUACAGAUCUUCUCCAACUUCGACGGCAGGUUUUCCCGCGAAAAGCUCGCCGAAGGUCAAGCUGGAGAAGAUGGAUCCGGAGUCGCUGUACUCGAACGAGCUCUCAAUUCCAUAGACGUUCAGAUCUCUCGCUUCGUUGCCGCGGAUCAACCUAUCUGGGCUGAUCCUUCCGAUUCAGCUGCUUUUCUCGACACGAUCGAUGAGUUAGUUGCUAUCAUCAGAGAGUGGAGUCCCAUGGCUUCUGAGAAACCAAUCGGCGUCUGUCUAGCACGCGCCGACGAUAUGAUGCAGCAAGCUAUGUUCCGCAUCGAAGAAGAGUUCAGGUCGCUUAUGGAGCGAGGAGCUGAGUCUUUCGGACUUAAUCCUCAGGGAGACGCUGGUGCGACGAUGAACCAUCGUUUCGACUCUGAGGAAGAAGAUGACGACGACAGAGAUUUCCACAACGGUGACGAUGUCCAGAUCCCAGUGGCGCAGCCACUCACUGACUACGAUCUUAUCAUCGAUGCUCUCCCCUCGGCGACUAUCAACGAUCUUCACGAGAUGGCUAAGCGUAUGCUUGGCGCUGGUUUUGGUAAGUCGUGCUCUCAUGUUUACAGUGCUUGUAGGAGAGAGUUUUUAGAAGAAAGCAUGUCGAGGUUAGGUUUACAGAAGCUGAGUAUUGAAGAAGUUCAUAAGAUGCCUUGGCAGGAGCUUGAGGAUGAGAUUGAUAGGUGGAUCAAAGCUGCUAACGUCGCUCUUCGGAUCCUUUUUCCUAGUGAACGUAGACUCUGUGACCGUGUCUUCUUUGGUUUCUCCUCUGCUGCUGAUCUCUCGUUUAUGGAGGUAUGUCGUGGCUCUACCAUUCAGCUUCUGAAUUUCGCGGAUGCUAUUGCUAUAGGAAGCAGAUCACCUGAGAGAUUGUUUAAAGUGCUUGACGUGUUCGAGACGAUGAGGGAUUUGAUGCCUGAGUUCGAGUCUGUUAGUGACUCUUAG